AUGUCUCCAACUCCAUACAUGUACAAGGUCCCAUUGUCGCCGGAGAACGAAGUCCCACGGAUCACUGACUCCAAGGCCCUCGGAUACUUGCUGAUCCAGUUCAUGCCCAACACCAAUGCCUUGUACUACGACGUCGUGGUCUCAAACAUCUAUGGUCCAACUAUAGUGCACCUCCACAAGGGCAAGCCAACUACUGUGGGCGCCGCCACCCUCAUGUUCCUGUACAAUUCCACAGCGACCGACAACAGCACAGCCUUCACCGGCCGACUAUGCAGCGGCAUCAUGACGCCGUCAGAUUUUAUGGGGCCUGCCGAAAACUUGACCACCAUGUCGGCACUCAUUGACGAGUACCUCAAGACUGACGAUCUGUUCUCAAAUAUUCACACCCUGGACCAUCCCAAUGGCAUCAUGCGCGGCCAAAUAAAUGCCAAAGCGCUGCAGGGAAGUCUGGCGGCUCGCACUGUGCCCACCAUGGCCCCUGGGGCUCCACUGUGA